UUCGUCAUUUCGUAUAAUCAACAAUUUUAAACCACUUAACUCUUCGAUCAAUAUUCCUAUCUAUACGGAGAUUGAUAUCUGCGGCAUUAAUUUUGAAUUAAUAUCAAAAUGAGGUACAGAUCGAACACAGACACACAUUCAAACACGGAUCAAUAAUCGUUAAUCAUCAGUCGCGCGUAUGAUUCCAAUCAUAAAAACGUGAAACCUCUCGUCAAAAUUAUCACUCUCGUCCAAUAUCCAGUUUCAAAUCUCAUGAAUUCGAAGAUCAGACGCCGCACUUUAACAUCGUCGAGAAACAAAUCCGCGCGGAAGGAAGGCAAAGCACGAUCUCCAAUCUCCCUCCAUCCGCUUCUCCAAUUCCCGCCAUCUGCAAACAAAGCUGCAAACCCGCCGCUGCAAUUCAAUAUCCCAUUCCGUCUAUCUAUCCCUUUAUCCAUACACCCUUUAUCCAUCCCUGAUUAUCGAUCAUUCUGUGUCAUGCACAAUUCCAGUAAUCCCCUUUUCGCACGCAACAUUGCCCGAUCUCGAGAGCGGUGUCCACGACAACAAAACGAUUCGCGUCGAGGCGGCGUGCGAAGCACACCCAGCAGCGACGUCUCUAUAUCGGAGCGUCGCGACGCCUGCGCGGGUUCCGCAACGAUCAGCUGGCUGGAGGCGCUUCGACGAGGGGCAAAGGAGAGACGGAGCGCGAGAGAACGCGAUAGAACGCGGUAGAGGGAGCGAGAGAGGGAGGUGGAGAGGCGGUGGAGGGAGCGAGAGGGGCGAUGCCGAGGCGACGAGAGUUAGAGAAGGAAGGGCUGCGCACACGUCCAUCGGGUAUCAGUAGCGACGUCGAGGGUGGCCUCGUCGCCAGCUACACGCACGUUUUUGGCAACGUUCGUGGCUGCCCUUAGCCGCUGGUGUCCCACUCGUCGCAAUGGUGUUGAUCGUGUGCACGACGUGGACGUGAGCUCUUUCGAGAGCCGGCGCGCGGCCCCACGAUCACUCCUCGCGCAGUGCUGCCGUGACGGUCGAUCGAAGCGCACCGUUGAAACCUGGGAACGAGGAAACCUUCCAUUUUAACGACACCACGAUGUAUCUGGCCGGCCGCCACUGCGUCGUAUUCGCCCUGUGUCCACCAGCGUCCUCGCCGAACGAUCCUCAAGGGGACAAGAGGGUGGUGCAUCGUCAGGUGCCAGCGUGAACAAGGUUCCUGGAGAAGGUCUGGACCAGCGAUUGACCCGCUGCCUCCUUUCCUCAGCCGUGAAUACUGCGUACCGACGACGAGGAGACUCUCUGUCGUCGAUAACCGGCCAAUAAACGGCGCGUAGAGAGCACGCUCGCGAGAGAGAAGCAGCGUCGAACGUGGGUCACCUCCCACUCUCUCUCUUGCUCCCCCCAAGCGUAUCGAAGGGUUCGUUGACAUCACGACUGGAAAAUUGGCUAGAGAACUCGUGGCCGAGAAAGGUCAGCGAGGAUACAAAUAUAGAAGCACUCGGGCCGACACAAUCGAGAGAAGGAUGGAAAAUUGCUAGCUGUUUCUCGCCACCAGGAUCCCAGCUGCGUCUCGUGGAAUCGAUAUAUAUAUACACACACACAUAUAUAUAUAUACGCGAAAUAUUCCGGGCCGCUAUUAACAAAUCCAAAUCCAACGUUAUAAUCUGGAUCUCAGAAGAGGAAGAAUAUCGAGAAUAUCGAGUGCAUACAUACUGUUCAAACAAAAACUCGUAGUUCCUAUCGCGAAUCGUGUGUGUAUUUUCUCCGUCUCUAUGUUAUGAUUAAAUCAGUGACAGAAAACAGACCGGCUAAUCCGUGAGCCGUAAAAUACCUGCCGUAAAAGCAAUAAACAUUGGCUCGUCUUAAUCUCGAACUUCGUUGAACAAAAAGUGUAUAAACAAAUCGUAUUGUCGUAUUUAGUGAAACGAUCGUCUUCCACGUGUGAUACAAUAAAAACUCAACUUCUUAAACGAUCAAUAUUAGUCAAAUUAAUAAUAAUAAUAAUAAUAAUAAUAAUAAUAAUUUUCGACGUUGAAUAACUCGUAGAAAUCUUGGGAACGUGUCGCGAGCGAAAUAGUCGUGCGUUGAAGGGAGUUGAAGGGUGAGCUCGAGAGCAUAGGAGGGUCCCGACUCUCUGAACAGCGGGAGCCUUUCAAGGUGUAGGUUCCUCGUGGUUGGAGGUCUCUUCUGAUGGUACUGAGGGUGACUCAGCACCGGUGGACGAGCGCGAACGAGCAGCGCGGUCCCCGCGAUCAGCACCACAGUCGCCGUGUCACGUCGUCAUGGCUACACGUGUUGUCACCUCGACGAUGAUCGCGUUUGUUCUCAUCCUACUCGUCGCUGGUUGGCCAACAGGCGGACGGACAGGCUUGGUCAAGUUCUACGAAUCUGUGCCCGAUCAUCUGCAACCGAACAGGCGAAUACCCAUCAAUGAUUAUGCGAUGCACGGGCCCAUCGUCGACGACCACGACUUCCCCAGGGAUCUCAGGAAGCCGUAUCCAGGCAAGAGCUUUGGACCAAUGGGUCCUAUCGAUGGCUCCCUCCCGGAUGACGUCUCUUUUCGAAGUCUGUCGUCUGGACAGGAGAAAGGGGAGAACUCGAUCGAACUUCUGUCGCCUCACGCUGUCGAAAAAAUCGAAAAACAUAAGCCGGAGUAUAAGAUCAUGUCCGUGGAGUUUCAUCGCGUGGAGACACCGUUUGUCAUUGGAAUAUGGAUCUUCUUUGCCAGCAUCGCGAAAAUAGGCUUCCACAUGACGUCGAAGCUCAGCAAGAUCUUUCCGGAAUCCUGUUUGCUGAUCGUUGUCGGCGUGGUGGUUGGUGUCCUACUGUUCCAGGCGAGCAGUGUCCACGUGUCGCCUCUCACUCCUGACACAUUCUUCCUCUACAUGCUGCCGCCUAUUAUCCUGGAUGCUGGAUACUUCAUGCCGAACCGACUGUUCUUCGACCAUCUGGGAACUAUACUUCUGUUCGCCGUCAUUGGGACUAUAUUUAAUACUUUGUCGAUAGGUGCUUCGUUGUGGGUGUUGGGUAAGAGUGGUCUUUUCGGAUUCGAAACACCACUUUUACAAAUGUUCCUGUUCUCCGCGUUGAUCAGCGCAGUUGAUCCUGUCGCCGUGUUAGCUGUCUUCGAAGAAAUCCACGUGAAUGAAAUCUUGUACAUCGUUGUUUUUGGGGAGAGCUUAUUGAACGACGCUGUCACUGUGGUGCUGUACCAUAUGUUCGAGGCUUACAACGAGAUAGGGCCGACGGAAAUACUUUACACGGACGUUCUCUCGGGAUUGGCUUCGUUCUUCGUGGUGGCGAUCGGUGGCACGAUAAUAGGGGUGAUAUGGGGCUUUGCUACCGGUUUUGUUACAAGGUUCACCCACCAGGUUCGCGUGAUCGAGCCCAUCUUCAUAUUCGUCAUGGCCUACCUGGCCUACCUGAACGCCGAGAUCUUUCAUAUGUCCAGCAUACUGGCGAUCACCUUCUGCGGCAUCACCAUGAAGAAUUACGUGGAGGCGAAUAUAUCGCACAAGUCGCACACCACGGUCAAAUACACGAUGAAAAUGCUGUCAAGCAGCUCGGAAACCAUCAUAUUUAUGUUCCUCGGGGUGGCGACCGUGAACAACCACCACGAUUGGAACACGUGGUUCGUCGUCAUGACCAUCGUCUUCUGCUCGAUCUAUCGCAUCGUCGGCGUGAUCUUCUUGACAGCGUUGGCUAAUCAAUUCCGACUGCACAAGCUGAACAAGGUAGAGAAAUUCGUGAUGUCUUACGGUGGUUUGCGAGGUGCCGUAGCAUUUGCUCUGGUCUUACUAAUCGAUCCGAAACACGUGUCUUUACAACCGAUGUUCGUCACUACCACGAUCGCAGUCAUUUAUUUCACAGUAUUCAUACAGGGAAUCACGAUCAAGCCCCUCGUAAAGAUCCUGAAUGUGAAACGAGCCGAAAAGAAGAAGCCGACCAUGAACGAGAGGAUUCACGAAAGGAUAAUAGACCACGUGAUGGCUGGGAUCGAGGACAUUUUGGGCAAGCAUGGCAAUUAUCACGUUCGGGAUAAAUUCAAACGGUUCGAUAAUAAAUUUAUUCGUCCGUAUCUGGUGAGGAAUCACUACGGUGCCGAGCCGAAAAUAUUGGAAACGUAUUCGAAACUCGCUAUGAAAGACGCUCUGGAUUACAUCAGAAGGAACGCGUCCACCAUCGGCAAUAUCAGUGGAACUGAAAGCAUGUCCGCUAUAUUUCGCAACUAUAGCAACACGGGACAAUUCAAUGGAAGUCCAAGUUGCAGCCAGCUCGAAGCGGGCUGGAAUAUUGAUCUCCAAGAAUUGGAGUACAACCCUUCCAAGAAGGACUUGACGGACGCCAGGAUCCACCAUCUAUUGGCCGAAGAACUUUGCAAGCCGUACAAGAGGCAUGGAACAAAACUGUUGCAGCAUCGGCGUUUAAGCUACAGCCGACACGCGGUGAACGAUCGCGACCUGUCAACCCAAGUCAAUUACAAAAUGCACAUGAACAUAAGACGGAUGAUGGGAGAGCACAAGCAUCGUCACAAGCGCAGUAAAAAAUUGCUCAAAGAUGGUAAGCAGAAUCACGUGAGUUUCCCUGAGUUCCAGCAAAACGGAUCAACCAAGUUGUUCACUCAAGAUUACAUCAACGGUGUCCUGUACGAGCUGGAAAACGGAGAUACUUCAAAGCCUUCGAGCAAGGAGGACUGGGACUCUGCGAUUACCUUCACGGCUCGCACUUCCGAUUCGUUGAACGUGAAUACGGAUGGCCACCACGGCGUCACCACCACUACCUCAAUGGACACCAUAAAUACCGACGAUCCGGAUAUGAAAUUAGGGCGAGACGAAAGUUACAGGGUAACAACACCAACAGCCACAGAAACUAUGUUGCCAUGGAAAAGGGAGGACGACUACGAUUCCGGCCAUCCGAUCAAACAAAAUGAAUUUCCUGCUUGGUGUUCUAACAAAGAGUAUCUGGCUUAUAGUUCUCCCUCGGCGACAUUUUUAGGUGGAAUCGAGCAGCCAAAGGUCCAGUCAGUAAUUGGUCUAUUCCGUCGCGAGAGCGUGUGCACUCCAGAUGGUAUCGAUUGCCAGGAAACUGUGGACGAGCGUGAUGAAUACACGUUGACGGGGACAGAACAGACCGAAGAUUCACCUACAAAAACGUUUAGUGAAUACGAGAAAGAUAACAAGAAAGGACCUACAAGACGCGUGUCCAUGAUGGAGCUAGGCUCGAUGGAGAAGUCGCAUUCAGACAAAUGCACGGAUGACGGUUCUCAUUCCCUGCCAGAAUGUUGGAACGCUCAACGAGUCCGGAUGACCUCGUUCCCAUAUUCAGCCCAAGUUCCAAGCCUCUCGACCGCUCUCAUCACCUCCUCCUCGGAAUCGUCGGAGGAGAUCGACGAGGAGGAAGAGAAAGCUUGACCUUUGGGGAUCGUCGAGGGGCAGGCGUCAUCCUACGCGGACGAGGAACGUCGUUUGCGUCGACCAUGGCGACGGCCACCCCGACGUUCAUUGCUUUCGUCGCUUCUGCGACGUCCCAGCGCUCCAGUUUGAAUGAAGGCGAGUGUCUCGUAUCUUUUCCUCCCUCAAGAGGAAAGAAUGAGCAACAUUUCAAGGAUUAAUUCCUUCCCUCUGGACGAUUAUCGAUCUCACUCCCUUCAAGAUGAAUAUUUUUAGAAAAACAAUUCAAGAGGAACGAAGAGCUGUUGAUGACCAGAGAGCUCUUCUUCUCUCUCUCAUAGGACCACGAUGACGGAAAGUACCUCUCGUUUUGAUUACCGAUGUUUUCAUUUGCACGCAGAAACGAGUGAUUCGGGAUUGUUAUAUAUAUUAGAUAGUUCCGAUAUUAUUGUCAAAAAAAAGGAUAAUAAUAUUUUAUCGAUUGGUUCGAUCGUUGACGAUACGUAGAAAUGUGCGAAAUUGUUCCAUGAUUCAAAAAUUUGAAUAUCGGGAAAAAUCGGAAAUAUUCGGAUCGGAUAAGAUCUCGAUAUAUUCGUGUUCUUUCGGAAUAGAUCGGACAAAUUCGGUUAGGAUUGAACAGGUACGAAGAUAUUACGAGAGUUCGCCCGAUUCUGUCCGAAUUUUUCCGAAUCUAUGAUCUCGGGAAUUUUUAAUGUCAAUCAUUAGACAAUGGAUGUUUGUAUCUUUAUGAAAAAUUGAAACUUGUAAAAAGGAAAGAACCAAAAAAGAAUAUGUACAAUGUAUAGUAAAUCAUGAAGUUAUAAUAUUUAGAGACUGAAAAAAAUAUCUGUUUAGAAUUCAUUUCUUUAGUUACCAAAAAAUAUGGCACAAAUAUCCGUAAUCUAAUGAUGAUAUACAAUCGAAAUGUGAUUUCGAUAACGAUGUUACAAUUUUACGACAAAAUGGUCAGUUGAGAUUAAGUUCUUUUUUGAUACCUGGUGACCGCGUGAAUCUUUUUUGAACAUUUGACUAGACUGAUGAGAUGAGAGAAUAAAGAGAGAAAGGGAGAGAGUGAAAGAAAGUGCGAACGAAAGAGAGAGAAAGAGAAAGAAAGAAAGAGAGAGAGAGAGAGAGAGAAAGAUAUUUUUUUAAACUGAUACACCUCGUUUCCUCCGUAGCACGACUGAUGAUGAAAUAUUAUAUUUACCGAUAAACAAGAGUACUUUUUUUUUUAGUAGUUGAUUUUUCAAAUGCUUCCUGAAGAAAUUGCGGUUCGUCCAAUUAGAAAAGAAAUGUUUUCGAUCGUAGAAAUGAAGAAGGAUGGAAAAGGGACCGAGCAACGAUAUUUCUUCGUCAAUUUUCGUUGCUGCGUUGCUUUCUGCGUGCUAAGAAAGAUCGAGAACAGGGAGAAUGCGCGCCAUUUUAAACUCCUAGACGCCGUAGCGUGUUUCCCAUUUAGCGACGACUCGUUAUACGAUCGCUCAUUAACUUGGUAUCGUGGCCUUAAGAUUCUACUAGAAGUAUCCUAGCAGCAACUCUGAACCUUCCGGUAUAUUGUAAAAAAAAAAAAAAAAACGAAAGAGAAGAAAAAGGAAAAAAAAGGAGACUAAGAUUGAAAAUAUUAAAUAAGGGAGAAGAAAGGAGUGAUUUUUAUGAAAAAAAAAAAAAAAAAAAAAAAGCAAGCAAAACUUGAGGACUUGAUUUGUGUUACGCUUAAAUGGUAAUUGAAUAGACAUGUGCACACGAUGAUUUUGAUUCUUUUGUUUGAUUUAUUCGAUGAAGACGGAAAAUAGUCUUUUGAGAGAGAAAAAUAAAUAUAUACAAAUAUAUUAUACGUGUAUAAUACAGUUUGAUAUACUUGACGCGCAACGUUGAGAUCAUCGCGCAAUCUGCUUUCGAGUUUAUAGACGCAAGUCUAGAUUUAGAUGUGCCACGUGCCGUGGAUAUACACCCAUGCAAGAUGAAUUUGGAAUGAUUAACUAUUUUUGUUGACUUUAGAGGAGAAGGAAAUCUUGUGAAGAGAAAAUAAAGUGGUUUGAAAUCAUAAUAUAAUUUUUUCAUAAAUGAUAUUACACAAAUAUUAUUAUUAAAGAUAUAACUGAUUUAUAAAUCUAUUAUUUAAUUUGUUAACAGUUUACAUUUACUAAUAAUAUAUUUAUUUUUAUAUAUUAAAAUUAGAACUAUUAUUUAUUAUUCUUACUUCUAUAAAUUACUUGAUUUUCUCCAACAAGACUUCCGUAUUCUUGAAAACAACAAUCCCCCUUUAAUAUUUUUCAUCUUGCACUCAUACUGUAUUUUUGCAGAGAUUCUUGCAAAUUUUUAACUACAAAAAAAGACACAACAAUAA